AUGCCAUCAGGGAAGAGCAACCUCAGGGAUGGGGAAAGAGGGAACCCAGAGGCGAAGAGGGAACCCAGGGGAGAAAAAGGGAACCCGGAGGAGAAUAGAGGGAACCCAGGGAGAGGGGAGAAGGGAACCCAAAUAGCAAAGAGGGAACUCAGGGGGGAAAGAGGGACCCCGGAAUGGGGGAAGAGGGACCCUAGGGGAGAAAGAGGCAAUCCAGGGCG